CAAUCUGCUUCAUCUUGAUUCUGCAGCAUUCCAAACUGUGGUAUCCUUGGGGUUCUCUUAACAUUGCUAUGGUGCAGAAGAUUUAAAAUCAGCUGAUGUUCACAAGGAAUAGAGUCACGUGAUGUAUGAAGGGAAACAUAUACACUUCUCUGAGGUUGACAAUAAGCCCUUGUGCUCAUAUAGCCCCAAACUGUGCAAGCAGCGACGACUCAACGGCUACGCUUUUUGUAUCAGACACGUUCUGGAGGACAAGACUGCCCCCUUCAAGCAAUGUGAAUAUGUGGCCAAGUAUAACAGCCAACGCUGCACCAACCCCAUCCCCAAAUCAGAGGAUCGCAGGUACUGCAACAGCCACUUGCAGGUACUUGGCUUUAUCCCGAAAAAAGAGAGGAAGAAAAAGAAUGAUCCUAUAGAUGAGGUGAAGGUCAGGCACCAGAUGGAUACCAUGGCCUUUAGCCUGGCAGUGCCCACGGUGGCCUUGAAGAUGCCCAACGGACUGGAUGGAAUGUCCCUCUCUCCACCUGGGGCAAGGGUCCCUCUCCACUACCUGGAAACUGAAUUGGAAGACCCGUUUGCUUUCAACGAGGAAGACGAUGACCUAAAGAAAGGGGCAACCGUGAGAAAGAAGUUGCAGAGCAAAUUGGCCCAGAAUCGGCAGCGCCAGAGAGAGACAGAGAUUUUAAAAGUUCGACAAGAGCACUUUAGUCCCCCUCCUGCACCUUCACAGCCGCAGCCUCCGCAGCAGCACUCCCACCUGUCACCUUUAUCCACUUCUUUAAAACCUCCAGCGCCACCGCAGGGUUCAGUCUGCAAGUCACCUCAACCUCAGAACACCAGCCUACCAAUGCAGGGAGUGGCCCCCACCACACACACUAUAGCACAAGCAAGGCAGUUGUCUCACAAGAGGCCUCUGCCCCUCCUGCCAUCCAGUAGGGCUCCUGUCGCGGACCCACCCAGGACUGACCGGGUCCUCAUGAAAGCCACAGCCUUCUCUCCACACUUCUCUUGUAUAAGUCGACUGCAGAGACUGGUGAAACUGUGCACCCAAAAACAUCAGCUGGACACCGAUCUGUUUCCCCAUUUAGGGUUGGACUGGUCUGAAGAGAGUGGAGAGGAACUGGAGGAUUCAGAGCAGGCCUCACCAUACCAGGUUGCAUGGUCCAUCCGAGAAACCCUCAGAUAUGAAAGACACACGUCAGAUGACGAUGAUACAGAGAGUAGGAGCUCCAGGGUGACCCAACUUUGCACUUACUUUCAGCAGAAAUAUAAGCACCUCUGCCGCCUGGAGCGGGCAGAAUCUCGUCAAAAGAAAUGCCGGCAUACAUUUAGGAAAGCUUUGCUGCAGGCGGCCAGUAAAGAACCAGAAUGUACUGGUCAGUUGAUACAAGAACUGAGGAGAGCUGCAUGCAGUCGAACCAGCAUAAGCCGGACCAAGUUGAGGGAGAUGGAUCCGGUAGCAUGCAGUGGAACUGUGAAGGGUGAACAGUGCACCAACAAAGCCCUUCCAUUCACCAGACAUUGUUUCCAACAUAUCCUCUUGAACCGCUCUCAGCAGCUCUUCUCAAGUUGCACAGCCAAGUUUGCAGAUGGACAGCAGUGCUCCGUGCCAGUUUUUGACAUUACACACCAGACACCUCUGUGUGAAGAACAUGCCAAAAAAAUGGAUAAUUUCUUGAGAGGAGAUAACUCCCGUAAAGUUCAGCACCAGCAGCAGAGGAAACCCAGGAAAAAAACCAAGCCUCCUGCACUUACCAAAAAACACAAGAAGAAGAGAAGGCGUGGACCUCGCCGACCCCAAAAACCCAUUCCCCCUGCCGUCCCCCAAGGGAACCUCAGCAUGCCCACCAGCGUCUCACUGCCAGUGGAGACCUCUCAGAUCCGGAGCCCAUCCACGCCAGAGCUGAGUGCUGAUGAGUUGCCAGAUGACAUUGCCAAUGAAAUCACGGACAUUCCACAUGACUUGGAAUUGAACCAGGAGGACUUUUCAGAUGUCCUGCCACGGCUGCCUGAUGACUUACAAGAUUUUGAUUUUUUUGAAGGGAAGAAUGGAGACCUCCUCCCGACUACCGAAGAGGCCGAGGAGCUUGAACGGGCCUUGCAGGCUGUAACUUCUCUCGAGUGCCUGAGUACCAUUGGGGUCCUUGCCCAGUCAGAUGGUGUGCCAGUCCAGGAGUUGUCAGAUAGAGGAAUAGGGGUGUUCUCCACAGGUACUGGAGCUUCAGGAAUCCAGUCCCUGAGCCGAGAAGUAAACACGGACCUAGGGGAGCUAUUGAAUGGGCGUAUAGUACAUGAUAAUUUUUCUAGUCUAGAGCUGGAUGAGAACCUGCUCCGUUCUGCUACGUUGUCUAACCCACCUACACCCCUGGCAGGGCAGAUCCAGGGGCAGUUCUCUGCCCCAGCCAACGUUGGCCUUACUUCUGCCACUCUGAUCAGCCAGAGUGCACUUGGGGAGAGAGCCUUCCCAGGACAGUUCCAUGGACUUCAUGAUGGCAGCCAUGCCUCCCAGAGGCCACAUCCUGCCCAGCUGCUGAGCAAGGCAGAUGACCUAAUCACCUCACGACAGCAAUACAGCAGUGAUCAUUCACACUCCUCGCCCCAUGGAAGCCAUUAUGAUAGUGAGCACGUGCCGUCUCCCUACAGUGACCAUAUCACCUCUCCCCAUGCAACAUCUUACUCUGGUGAUAAUAUGGCAGCUACCUUUUCAGCGGAGAUGCCCAUCAUGGCGCAGCACCUGCUCCCAACCCAACUCGAGGUGCCACUUGGAGGAGUGGUAAACCCCAGAACUCACUGGGGUAAUCUCCCUGUCAACCUUGGAGAUCCCUCUCCAUUUAGCAACCUUCUUGGCGCAGAUGGACAUCUUCUUUCUACUUCCCUAUCCACACCACCCACCACUUCGAACUCAGAGACCACACAGCCUGCCUUCGCCACCGUGACCCCCAGCAGCUCCAGUGUGCUUCCGGGGUUACCGCAGACCAGCUUCAGUGGCAUGGGGCCUUCUGCUGAACUAAUGGCCUCCACCUCUCCCAAGCAGCAACUCCCUCAGUUCAGCGCAGCCUUCGGCCACCAGCUGAGUUCUCACAGUGGCAUUCCUAAGGACCUGCAGCCCAGCCACAGCUCUAUAGCCCCUCCUACAGGCUUCACAGUAACAGGUGCCACAGCUACAAGUACCAAUAAUGCAUCUUCUCCCUUUCCCUCCCCUAAUUGAGUGUGUCUGUGUGUUUGCAGGCAGGUGGGGAACCUGGUGUUUUCUAUCUUUGUUUCCUCUUCAGCACCCCUCUCCCCUUUUCCUAAAGAAGAUUUUAAAAAUAACAGAUGGGGAUUCGAGGGGCACCCCGUUCCCAGUUCAACAAGUGGCCCUGCAGUGGACCUUGCUUCAGUGUUCACAUGUGCUCCUCAGCACUGGUGCUCAUUCCCUCCUGGCAGGUCUACUUGGCCCCAGUGGUUUCCCUAG